UCUAUAAAAACACAGGGAGCUGUCAACGCGACUGAAGCUACGCACGAGCAACAGAUUCUUGCGACAAAUAUUAUUUAAAAAAAUCUCAUAGUUAUAUAUUUUAAACUGGAUAAACUUGGACUUAUCACAGUUGGGAUGUGCGCGCAAAGACCUUUUUAUUUUCCUUACUGAAACCUAAAAUGGCAAUGACAGACAAUGGAGACUGAAGAAGUUGGAAUGAUAAGAUUCAGGAGUGAGUAACUCGACCAGGAUGGGGAAAUUACACUAAAACGAGCAAUGCAGAAAACUUCCGAGAUGCAAGACGAGCGCACCGAGUACGCGUCGGGAAGUCUCCUGUUAAGUGAAUACAACACGAGCUUCACGGCGAACAGGACUAAUCUCUCUUGGAGUGACUUUCAAGAUCUCGCCGAUUUGGAUAAACCUGAUUUUAUGGGAGACGGAUCCGCGGUCCUGAGAAUCAUCAUCUCUGUCAUUUACUCGGUUGUGUGCGCGCUGGGUUUAAUCGGUAACAUCCUCGUCCUGUAUCUCAUGAAGUCCAAACAAGCAUGGAAGAAGUCUUCCAUCAACCUCUUCGUGACCAGUUUGGCGGUCACCGACUUUCAGUUUGUUUUGACACUUCCCUUUUGGGCUGUGGAGAACGCCAUGGAUUUCACUUGGCUGUUCGGGAAGGCGAUGUGUAAGAUAGUUUCGUAUGUCACGGCUACGAACAUGUACGCCAGCGUGUUUUUCCUCACGGCUAUGAGCGUGGCGAGAUACUGCUCCGUGGCUUCGGCGUUAAAAAGUAGAAGACGCCGGCUGCGUUUCUCCGCGCAGUGGAUGACGGUCGUUAUCUGGAUAGCAGCUGUCGGUGCCGCUCUGCCCAACGCGAUAUUUUCAACAACCGCGACGGUUUCCAACGAGGAACUUUGUCUCGUGAAAUUUCCCGACCGGAGCGGAGACGCGCAAUUUUGGCUGGGUUUAUAUCACGCGCAAAAGGUACUUCUGGGGUUCCUCAUUCCCUUCGGGAUCAUCAGUAUCUGUUAUCUGCUUCUCCUCCGCUUCAUUACUAACAAAAACGUGAACACCUCCAGUGCUAAGAGGAGAUCAAAAGUGACUAAAUCUGUUACUAUAGUCGUUUUGUCUUUUUUCCUGUGCUGGCUCCCGAAUCAAGCGUUAACAGCGUGGGGAAUCUUAAUAAAACUCAAUGUAGUACACUUCAGUUACGAGUAUUACACCACACAAGUGUAUAUUUUUCCAGUCACAGUAUGUUUGGCUCAUUCAAACAGUUGUCUCAAUCCCAUUCUGUACUGUCUGAUGAGAAGGGAAUUCAGAAAAGCGUUGAAAAAGCUGUUUUGGCAAAUCACAUCUCCUUCUGUCACGAACAUGAGACCGUUUACCGCCUCCACGAAGCCCGAGCAGGAUGAACACGGUCUAGUACUGGUCCCGCUCAGUCGCGCGGAGCCCGCGCUUAUCUUUUAUCCUCCGGGGGCUGUCAUGUACAACAGCAAAAACGACCCUCUGCCAAAUAGCACAUAACGCGAAGUUGUUGGUGUUGAUAAGUGCUUCAGACUCAGACAAAAUGGAAAAUUAAUAAGUUUGUUUGUUUGUCUUUUCUCCUUCCACUAACGAAACUAAAGAGUAGACUAAAAGAGUCCCGGGCUGGAACACCUUGCAGAAGUGGAAGGGAUCCUCCUCAUUCUAAACGCUGUAAUCCACUCCGGGUGUUACGUUUACACCCUCUCACUCAAACCCUUUAACUUUGCUCCCUGUUCACCUCUAAUAUGGAACUGUGAAAACAAUCUAAUUAAAAAGGCAAGAGCCUAUUCACAUAGCACAACGUGUAUUCAUAUUUAAUUGAAUCUAACUGAACUCCAUUUUAAUUCUAAUUUGAUUCUACUUUAAUAAUGUAUCAGUUAAUUUACAAAUAAUAAUACAUUUUCAUUGUUCUAUAUUUUUUAAACCAUGACUGUGUCAACAAAACCGGAAUUAUAUUCAACACAAAUGUGUUGUAAGGUUAUACCCUGCCAAUAAACAUCUUACAUUAGCCAGUGAUGAUG